AGAACUCUCGUUGUUUGUUUACAACCUGAGAACUUCCUGUCUGCUCGUAGCUUUGUCCACGGUAAGCUGAACUGGAUAAUUAAACGUCUCAAACCAGCCGAUUCAAGAUGGGAUGUGAUGGAGGAACGAUUCCCAAAAGACACGAGUUGGUGAAAGGCCCAAAAAAAGUCGAGAAGGUUGAUAAAAAUGCAGAGUUGGCUGCCAAAUGGAAAUACUGUGCCUUGAGCCAGGAGAAACUCAGACGGCCCAUUGUCGCUUGUGAAAUGGGAAGGCUCUUUAACAAAGAUGCUGUCAUCGAAUACCUUCUGGAUAAAACUGCUGAGAGACCCAAUGUUGAGGCUGUAACUCACAUCCGUGGGAUCAAGGAUAUAAAGGAACUGAACUUGACCGAUAACCCUGCGUGGGAGGGAGAGAGAAGAAAUUCUAAAGGAGACAGAUAUGAGGACAUCCACUGCGGCAUGUUCAUUUGCCCUGUUGUUGGGUUGGAGAUGAAUGGCAAGCACAGGUUCUGUUACUUGCAGACCUGUGGCUGUGUCUUUUCUGACAGGGCCAUGAAGGAGGUCAAGACAGAAAUCUGCCACAAGUGUGGAGACCCGUUUAAAGAGGAGGAUGUUAUUGUGCUCAAUGGCACCAAGGAGGAGGUGGAGAAGCUGAGGGAGAAGAUGGAAGAGAGGCGGACCAAAGCCAAAACUAAGAAAUCAAAGAAGAGCAAAACAGCUGCAAUUGUGUCCACGCCAUCAGAAUCAAAAGGUUUGGAUGACACACAGUCGCCAGAAGUAGAAGUAGCAGAGAAGACCUCUCUACAAAAUGGUGGUGAAAGCAGCCAUGCAGCUGUGGCUGGUCCCUCCGGAUCCUCCGGCUCCUCAAAAGGCACCAACUCUUCAACAACCUCCGCCACCAAGAGGUCCAUCCAGAGCAUGGAGGAGAAGUCGGAGGUCUUCAAAUCCCUGUUCACCAGCCACAGCUCUGCCAAGCGCACUAAAGACCAGACAUCCAACUGGGUCACCCACACCCCGUAUCACUUCUAACUAUCAUUCAGAGCAAAGAUCGCCAUUUUUAGAUUGCUCCAGAAAUUGUGACCCAUUAAAGACCCGUUAAUGAUAAAUGUAGUUCUACAUACCCAGCUCCAGCACACAUAAAGAACCCCCCCCAUACACACACACACACACACACACACACACACACACACACACACCUAUUACCCACUUGACCUCUUAUAAUGUCAUCCUGUGGAUUCCCAACUUGUCUCUUCAGUCCCCAGUAGCCUGGUGUUUACAUGUUGUCAACAUUUUGUUAAUCGCUCCCCAAGCUGUUCAGACUCUUUGUUUUGUAACCUAAUUCCUCCCUCAUGUAUUCCCCGGCAUCUCCAUGUUCUAAGUCACAGGUGCUUUGAGAAUUGAUGCUAGGGCGACUCUAUUAUCUCCGUCACUCUGCUGUCUCCUAGUGGACAGAGUGCAGCUUUUUAAAGUGACCUCUACAUGGUUGAAACGACCAUUUUUCAGUUAAGGUGAAAACUGCAAAAGUGCAAAAGCUUUACAUCUCUAAAGCAGGUCCUUCUGUCUUAUUCCGAUCUUCAGUAAAUAUCUACAUUUGAACACAUUUUGAACUCAAAAACAUUUUUUUUUUCAGGUUAUUAUCAGGAUAAGCUUGGCCCACAUUUAACCUUUAUAGGAUAUAUUUGACAUGUUUAGCAGAGGACUUUCAAGUAAUUUGUGUUCAUUAUAUUGGUUAUUUGUUUUCUUGAAAAGUGGGGUAAAAAAAAUAGGUUAACAACAUGAAGACAGUUUAAAGCAUUUUGCUUAUGUAUUGAAGCUUAUGAUGCUCAUAAAUUGAUAAAAGUGCACACAAAGCAAAAGAACAAACAUAAGUAGCUGUAAUGUAAGAGGACAGGAUAGCUCAGUGCUCUUCUUUUGGUUUUUGAGAAUUACAAGCUUCAGUAUUUAAAUUUUUUUUUCCAAACAAGGUGCUUCCAACUGUCUUUUUUCUCAAUUUUUUGAAGAUCUUUGACAUGAAAAAUAACCAAAUAUUGCUACGUUGGCUUCCGGUUUAAUAACAAGUUAGUGAAAUUGAAUUAUAAUAUUUUCGACUCCUCUUCAGAUAGUUGGGGAUUUUUAAAGGAGAUUAAAAAUGUGUUCUUCGGUCAUUUGUUUCCCUUUCUUUUCUGCAUAUCAAAAAAUAAAUUUAUAUUCAACCUA